UUCAAUAUACUUCCAUCCCACCCAAGCACUUGUUAUCCUCUUUCAUUGCUGAAUUUCACAAGAUCCCUGCCGCUCACAAUCUUUCCCUCAUCCCUUCAGAAUGUACUUUAAGCAGCUCCAGUCUUUCCUUGCAAUCCUAGUUGUCGCGACCACGACUCAAGCAGAAGUUACUUCGGCAUCCUCAUGCAUCCCCAACAUCAACAACCAGACGUUCGCCCUCUUUAGUCACGCCCCGAUUACGUUCAGCCGUAAGAUUGCCAGCAUCGGCGCCUGCGAGCAAUGGUGUAGCGAAACCGAUGACUGUCAAGCCUGGCUCUACCUGGAAUAUGCCUCCCAGUGUGAUUUGCAUCGUGCCACUGCUCUUGCCACGUCUCCAAAUGAGCUGUUUGCGUAUGGCGGAUGUGCACCCGCCCCACGAAAUCUCCCGGCGAUGAAUACUGCCAGCAGUGCAGUGCCUGCAUCCGUUGCCUCGCCCUCUUCUAUGUUCAGUCAUUCUGGUGUCUCCAGAAGCGCCAUUGCAGUCUUUCCGAGUGCCUCUGCCGCACACAAGCGGGCUGUGGGUCAUUAUGGCAGCUCCGGUCAUGGUCAUUUUGAUCGCCAUAGUCCAUUUCACCACAGGAAUUCAUAGAGAAACUAGCUUGGUGGCUUACCGCGGACAUGGUGGGGCGAGCGGUGAUGGCCAGGGUCUUUGUGAUUGUCUGUGUACCUUAGCGUUUCCUGCAAGUGAUACACAGCGUAUUAGGGCAAUAUAUUUUCGGACUUGGCCGUUAUGCACUAACCAGGAAG